AUGGCUUACUUCCUACCUUCAUUCUUCCAGAAGCGGCUGCUUCGAUAUGCCUUGUCUCGCCUAGAGCUCGUCGAUACCGAAGCACUUGACCUGGACAGCCUCGGCAUUCGAUGGGGCCAACGGAGCACCGUCGAGCUACGGGAUAUAGGCUUGAGGCUUGAGAAACUAGCCUCUCUCCUCCAUCUCCCUCCAUCCAGUAAACUCCUGAGCGCCCGCGUUCGGUACCUUCAAAUCACAGUCCCGGCCGACAUUUACAGCAGUGGGAUCAUCUGCCAAGCAAGCGGGAUCGACGUGCAUCUAAGACUGCCGUCGGAGGAGACAAGUCACGGCCAGUCGACGGAGCAGGCAAAGUCGCCAUCUGCGGGUGAUGGUGAUCUCUCGCUUGAUCCGAUCCUACCAAAUCCGACCGACCUUGCACAGUCAUUCCUCGAGGCCGAGCCAAAAGAGGAGAAAGAGGAGCUACAAGCUGCCAUCUCAUCCCGGUCUCAGGUCUUGCAGCGCCCGUCGUCUUCCUUCAGUAGCGAUGAUGAGGAUGAGCUUGGCUUGGGUAGUGAGGGCGUCUCGCUACCCAGCUUUGUUGCUGGGUUUAUAAAGGGUGUCGUCGAGCGUCUGCAGGUCCAGAUUGAUGAUAUCUCGGUGCGAGUCGAGUUGGAAACGAAACAAGAUGGCCCCCUGAAGAGGCAGCCGGAGGACAGACCAGAUUCAAUCUCCGGGCUUUUGAGUAUUCGUCAAAUCAAAGUGAAUGCGGUGUCCGCUUCUGGGUCCGAUGAAGCUCUGUCUUCCGCGGGGAAACGCUUGAUCUCCCUCUCUGAUCUCAACCUCGCCCUAGUCUCCGAGCCUAUAGUUUUCUCGAAUUAUGCUCGCUUUACCGAACCUCCUCUGUCUCCGUCCACUCCCGUGCAGCCAAAGUCAAGCCAGUCGCCCAGUCGAGCCCCUUCGCCGUCACCUGCAGUACCGUCCUCUUCAAAUUCCACCCUUGACCUCUCGCGAUCGACUAUCUUUGACCGACCGCCGCAAGAUGUCGCACUUUCUCGUAUCCCAGAUCAUGGCGAUACCCCCGAAAUGGAAGGAUCUGUGUACACGUACGAUGGCCGAUUUUCGGAUGCCGAUACGGAUGAGAAUAGGAGUUAUGGCUAUCUUGAGGAUUCCCAGAAUCUUUCCGACGAUGAUAAACUUCUCGAUAACCCCGCCUAUCUCGACUCAGUUAUAAACUCUCAAUUCCAGGAUGAUGACCUCGAGGGCUCGGGUAAUGUACACCCCAAAGGUAGUCAACAUGACCUGAGCAGCAGAGAAACACCUCGCCCGCAGAGUCCAGAUCUUAGCCCCAGUGGGUCUGCAUCCCAACAUAGCUCAACUAGACAAGCACUGGUUCCUUUCGGGCAGCAACAGGCACGCCACAGUAACGUAUCUCCUAGCGGCAGUGAUCAUUAUCAUCUAGAAGGUCCGGGCGCCACUCAGAAAGCGCUGCCCGAAAGAGCUUUCGAGGACUCUCCGCAACAUGAUCACCACGAAUCACCGCCUCGCACCUCUGGACCUCCUUCUGAGGCUGAUAGUACGGAUUCAGCUUCCGGCUCAUUUCACGAUGCCGAUCUCUCGGAGUCGAAACUGUUCUCGAACGAAGAGGCCCAAAGUAUGUAUAUGAGCGCCAUUAGCCAAGGUUCGACAACAAGAAGCUUCAUGCCCAAUAUUCCCGGAGCCUGGGAUUCCCCCGAAUCCACAAUCAUAAAGGACACUAGUGCACAACACCCACUUCAGGCUGCUGGGGAUGAUAAGCAUGCUGGUUACCAUAAUGACGACCAGGAUGACGCAUCGAUCGCGACGCCUAAGCUCACUGCUCAAGCCGUACCGCCGCUACCACGGGAACACUCCCUUGAUGAUAGCUCACAGGCGCCUUCUGAGACCGAACAAGAUUUCUUGAAGUCCUCUCAAGCGCUGAACAAACCAGCAGAUAUCGCGAAGACGUUUUUCAACGUUGACAAGAUACUCAUAUGGAUUCCCUCGGCUAACGACAACGAAGAGUUGUUAGACCCGGAAGGCAGGACAGGUGAUAAUUUGAAGGAAUCGACUGCUCGGCAGCGGGACCACGGGUUCGAGGAUGAUCUUAUCGCAUCCAGAGCUCACACAUCGUUACGGUUCCGCGGCGAUUCUAUGGGCUCGUCUCUCCACUCCGAGAUCGCCGAAUCCAGAUAUCCGCAUAGAGCAGAGAAAGACGAACGAGACAUCAACUCUAGUGGUGAGCAAAAUGACAUAGCAGUUGAGAUAUUCUCGGCAGAGCUGCAAUUCGACAUCGCCAUUGGAUGGCUGGUUGUGAAGUUUGGCCAGCGCGUUCUCCACGCAUUCAGCCAGGACGAAGGUGUGGUUCCUGCAAAGAAGAAGACAAACAAUGAGGAGCAAGGCCGACAAGCUCUCAGACUUGCGCUGCAGAAAUUGUCAAUCAAAUUUGUCGAACAUGUACCAGGACACGCGUACCCUUCCGAAGACUCCCAAUUGCACUCCCCCACAUUCUUCAGUCUACUUCGGGAAGACAUCGUGCUUCAAACCACCGCAGCUGGGCUGAAAGCACAUUACUCCACGGAAAAUGACAAGACAAAGUUGCGCCUGGAUGUCACCAAAUUCACACUUGGGUUUGCCUCUGAGGACCUACUUUCAUUCAGUGAAGACCUGAAAAUGCGCGAAUCCACACGAGAUGUGUUUUCACCUACACACGGCGAUUUGAGCAUUUCUCUGAGCAAGUCACCCGAUUCAGCGCAUGUCAAUAUCACGACCCUCCCCCUCCUGCUCAAUGUCAAUGUCCAGCGCUUAGAAGAGGUUGUAGGCUGGUUUGGAGGCCUGAGCACUAUUUUGGAUCUUGGAAGCUCAAUAUCAUCAAUGUCGGCUGCCAAAGGGCCGAAGAAAGAAACACCAAAGCGAGUCCGCGGUGUGCGCUUUGAAGCGUCAUCACCGCCGCCUCCGGAGGUGUCUCCGGAUGAUUCGGUGCCGUGGAAGGUUAAUGCUCGCGUUGGUGGUAUCGCAGUCGACGUUGCUGGAGAGACACAUUACCUGAAGCUCCGAUCUACGGCUGUCAAAAUCGUCAGUAGAUCCGAGGGCAUUGCCGUUCAAAUUGACAAAGCCAAGUUAAGUGGGCCAUUGCCACUUGACGACACGAGAGAUGCGCCUGCCAAAGUCAAUCUCAGUAAUAUUCGAGUCGAAUAUCUAUACGCGCCUAAGGAGACUGAUUUGGAUCGUCUACUUUCAUUGAUCACACCGUCUAAGGAUAAAUACGACGAAGACGAUGACAUUAUGCUGGACACUCUCUUCCGACAGCGAAGACAAGGUUCCGUGCUUCGCACCACAGUCGGCGGUAUAAAGGCAGCGGUAACGCGGACGAAUGACCUGGAGGCUUUCCUUCAACUUGGAGAAGAGCUGAGUAGACUAUCUACUGUGGCCAAAUACCUUCCAGAAGACGACCGACCUGGACUAUUGACCCUCACUUUGAUUCGAGACCUGGAGGUUCAAGUACAUGUGGGAGGCAAAGUGGGUGAACUGACCGCACGCUUGGCCAAUGCCGAGGCGGCUUAUAUCAGUAUCCCAUCGCUUGUAGCCGCCAAACUCGGGUCAAUGACAGUUGUCAGAAAUGGCCAGGAGGAACUCGUCGGAGAAGCAUUGCCUCCGAACAUGGACCAAAGCUCAGUGUCUCAGACCGAGCAUCCAAUACUGAUGGCACGGUUCAUCGCGGAUGAAAUGGAACCUACGUUUAAGGUCAAGCUGCAUCGUCUACGAGUGGAAUACACGCUGUCAUCGGUGGUUGCAUUCCUCGGGCUUAGCGAAGAAAUGACAACGGGUGACGUUGCUGCCAACAUGGCGAACUCACUGGCCAACCUCACAGAGUUGCAACCUUCUCAUCAUGAUAAAAGGCCCGUGAACGAAGGACCCCCUAAAGCACCCUCAAAACCUACCAAAUUGGCGGUUGCUUUACGGGACUGCAUUGUGGGUUUAAACCCCCGAGGAACGGAUGCAAAAGGGCUGGUUGUACUCACGAACGCCAAUUUCUCCGGCACUAUUCAUGAUGAUAUCUCCUCGGAGGCUACGUUAGAUCUUCGCAAGGCGUCAAUAAUGCUCAUCGACGAUACGAAAAAUGUGGGACUUGCAGAUCCACACAUUCGGAGAAGCUCUGGUCUGCAGAGUGAUCAAGUUCAAACCCUCACCGAUUUAGGCUUCGUGUCCGUGUGCUCCAUAUCAUCUGCGACAGCUACUUUGAAAAUCGUACGCCUCAGUGAUGACGGCACUAAAUCGCUCGACGUGGAGCUAAGAGACGACUUGCUUAUUCUGGAAACGUGCGCGGACUCAACGCAAACUCUCAUUAGUAUCGUCAAUGGCUUACAGCCUCCAACUCCCCCUAGCGUGGCCGUCAAGUACCGGACCGAAGUCCUCCCGAUUCAGGACAUGCUAGCAUCAUUCUCUGGAGAUGCGUUUACGAUGGAUCCUAUUCCCGAGGCUGAAGAGACUUCCGAAAUAGGAGAUCACCCGACUGAACAAGCCCUCAGCAAGGACCCCAUAGAGGACGAGCUGGAGUACGUGAGCGACUUCUAUCCUGUGAAACCAGCUCCGGAGCCCGGCUCUUCGCAUGAGGGUAUGGGCUCUUCGUCGAAUGAGCUCCUCGACAGCUUCCACUCCCAGUAUUAUGUAUCCUCAAGCGUCUCGGAUCUAGAGCUCAAGGAAGAUCAUUUUGCUCAACAGUCUGCUGUGGGAGGUACGGCCCACCGAUGGGACUCCGCUGAGAACACGUAUGGGCUAUCAGACGACAGCAAACUCCAGAGAAGCCCUCUGAGGAUCAGGGUUCGUGACGCCCAUGUGAUAUGGAAUCUUUUCGAUGGCUAUGACUGGCAGCGAACGAGGGACACAAUAUCGAGGGCGGUUAAGGACGUGGAGAAGAAGGCAACCGAACGACGAGCCAGAACCGGGUCCCGUACAUCUCCGGGCUUUGAAGAGGAGGAAGAGUCUGUCAUUGGCGACUGCUUGUUCAACUCUAUAUACAUCGGUAUCCCGGCCAACAAGGAUCCACGAGAGCUCCGCGGCGACAUCAAUCGCAACAUCGAUGAUAUGAUCAGUGAGACUGGAAGCUAUGCAACCACGACGACUGUGACUGGAGCCACGGCGCGACAAGGUCAACCACAGUCCCGGAGGAAGUUGCGGCUUUCACGAAGCAAGUAUCACAAGAUGACUUUUGAACUCAAAGGCAUUUGUGCAGACCUCGUCGUCUUCCCGCCUGAUUCCGGAGAAACGCAGAGUUCAUUGGAUGUUCGCGUCAAAGACUUGGAGAUCUUCGAUCAUGUUCCGACUUCGACCUGGAAAAAGCUUGCCACUUACAUGCACGAGGCGGGUGAAAAGGAGAGCGGGACCAGCAUGAUACACCUGGAAAUUUUGACCGUGCGGCCGGUUCCCGAGCUAGCUGCGGCGGAGAUUGUUCUCAAGGCCACCAUUCUCCCACUUCGGUUACAUGUCGACCAAGAUGCGUUGGACUUUAUAUGCCGGUUCUUUGAGUUCCGUGAUGAUUCCGCUCCAGCUCCAAGCGCCCCCGAAGACAUCCCCUUUUUGCAGCGGGUCGAGAUCAAUGCGGUCCCUGUCAGGCUCGAUUUUAAACCCAAGCGGGUGGACUACGCAGGUCUUCGGUCAGGUCGCACAACCGAGUUUAUGAACUUCUUCGUUCUGGACGGAGCUGACAUGGUCAUGCGCCAUGUCAUAAUCUACGGGGUGUCCGGGUUCGACAAAAUGGGACAGACGCUCAAUGACAUCUGGAUGCCCGACAUCAAGCGGAAUCAGCUGCCGGGUGUGAUUGCGGGCUUGGCUCCCAUCCGAUCCCUGGUCAACGUCGGCGGCGGCGUGAAAGAUUUGGUGGUCGUUCCGAUGCGCGAGUACCGGAAGGACGGCCGGAUUGUUCGCAGCAUUCAGAAGGGAGCCGUGUCAUUUGCGAAGACGACCUCCAAUGAAUUGGUGAAGCUGGGGGCCAAACUGGCCAUUGGCACGCAAACCGUCCUCCAGGGCGCGGAGGAUCUCUUGACGACCCAGAGAGCACCGCUAGCAACUCCCGAAGAGGACAUGAUUGACGAGGAGGAAGCGAAGAAAAUCUCACUGUAUGCAGACCAACCGGUGGGCGUAGUCCAAGGCCUCCGGGGCGCCUUCAAGGGGCUAGAGCGCGAUCUGAUUCUGGCUCGCGACGCCAUCGUUGCCGUUCCCGGGGAAGUGGUCGAGAGUGGCAGCGCCAAGGCCGCCGCAAAGGCUGUCUGGAAACGAGCUCCUACCGUUGUGCUUCGACCUGCCAUCGGAGUGUCCAAGGCCGUGGGACAGACCCUGCUGGGGGCAGGAAAUACCUUGGAUCCCAGCAAUCGGCGCAAGAUGGAAGAUAAAUAUAAACGCCAUUGAGUGUUUCAUUCUUAGCGGUGCAGGCGUAACCAUUAUACCAUUUGGAUUGCAUUCGACCGGACUUGUUUUGAUUUUUCUUUUUCUAUUCUUCUCCGACCUUUUUUUACCGUCUCUGUUUCUAACUACAUUCAUGGGUUACUGGACGUAGCCCGGUACAUAAUCUUCCGGAACGACAACGCAGGACUGCCCUGACAAUUAUUGGCUCAUGAUGACGAUACAAACGAUUCCAAGCUAUCCUUCUUAUUCUUUUUCUCUGAUCACUUUUGAUUAUCCUAUCAUUUGAGCAUUUUGUUGAUUUUUGGUUGUGCUGGCCCAGGGUAGGACGUGCAACUGGGGCUGGGGGCUUGGGAUGAGCGGAAGUUAAUUGCUGAGUUACGAAAAAGGAGCCUUGGACGAAGGAAUU